ACACAUUAUUUAAAUAUGGGGCGAAUGGGCCAAAUUAAAUGGGAUAAAGCUCAACGAUGUGCCCCAGUACAUAAUAUUAUUUCUUCCGAUUUCCCCAAAUAUAAUCCUCAACCAUGGAAAUUUAUGGAGGGUAAAUCGCGCAUAGGAUGGCUGCUCUCCUACGAAUACCAAAGAAUGUGGAUUGCUGAAAGAGACCUCUGGAAGAAACGAAUGUACCCUGAGCACACCGCUGUUAACAUUGACAUAGUGAAAACUUACGUCUUGAGCUUCAAGAAUGCCCAGAAGCCCCCAAAACCUGAGAAAGAGAAAAUGUUUAAAAUGAAAAAGUUUGAAGGUAUCAGCAGUAAAACUACAAAUAAACGCGCCAAAGAUGACAAAGCGAUGAACUACAAGAAAGAUCUGAAGAAUAAGAAGCCUGAGAACAAAGAAGAGGCAUGA